GCGUUUGACACGAAGCUCUGGCAGUCAGUUCAGUGCAGCAGUUGAUUUCAUUUUUUUUUUCAUUGCUUUUUUGAGUGUGUGUGCGUGUGUUUUGCCGUUUCGUGUGCGUCGAAAGAAAUGGGACAGGAGGAUCAGGAGCUAUUGCUGCGCGGCAGCAGCAAACAUACAUCAGCCGAGCACUUGCAUACUAGUGGCGGCGAUGCGGGCGCCACUGCCACCACCACGGACAGCUUUGGGCAGCAGCAGCGCAAGAAUUACGGCACUUUGAGCAAACCGGAUCUCGAGCCGGGUGCCCAGCUGCCCGAGACUUUGACCUACGCCUGGCACAACGUCGACGUCUUUGGUGCAGUGCAUCAGCCGGGCUCCAACUGGCGCCAGCUGGUCAAUCGCACGCGCGGACUCUUCUGCAAUGAGCGGCAUAUUCCAGCGCCACGCAAGCAUUUGCUCAAGAACGUGUGUGGCGUGGCGUAUCCGGGUGAGCUGCUUGCCGUGAUGGGCAGCUCGGGAGCGGGCAAGACGACGCUGCUCAAUGCUUUGGCCUUUCGCUCGCCCCAGGGCGUGCAGGUGUCGCCCUCGAGCAUGCGGCUGCUCAACGGGCAGCCCGUGGACGCGAAGGAGAUGCAGGCCCGAUGCGCGUAUGUGCAGCAGGACGAUCUGUUCAUUGGCUCGCUGACGGCGCGGGAGCAUCUGAUCUUCCAGGCGAUGGUGCGCAUGCCCAGGCAGCUGAGCUAUCGGCAGCGAGUGGCGCGCGUGGAUCAGGUGAUUCAGGAGCUGAGCUUGACCAAGUGCCAGCAUACGAUCAUUGGUGUGCCGGGACGCGUUAAGGGCUUGUCCGGCGGUGAGCGCAAGCGUUUGGCUUUCGCCUCUGAGGCUCUGACGGAUCCGCCGCUGCUCAUCUGCGAUGAGCCCACAUCUGGCCUCGACUCGUUCACCGCCCACAGCGUUGUCCAGGUGCUGAAGAAACUCUCCCAGAAGGGCAAGACCGUCAUCCUGACCAUACAUCAGCCCUCCUCGGAGCUGUUCGAGCUCUUCGACAAGAUUCUGCUGAUGGCCCAGGGGCGUGUCGCCUUCCUGGGCACGCCCAGCGAGGCGGUUGACUUUUUCUCCUACGUGGGCGCCCAGUGUCCGACCAAUUACAAUCCGGCGGACUUUUAUGUGCAGGUGCUGGCGAUUGUGCCGGGCCGCGAGGUGGAGUCGCGGGAUCGCAUUGCCAAGAUCUGUGACAAUUUUGCGAUCAGCAAAGUGGCGCACGACAUGGAGCAGCUGCUGGCGCAAAAGACACAGACACAGCCGCUGGAGCAGCCGGAGAACGGUUAUACCUACAAGGCGACCUGGUUUAUGCAAUUCCGAGCUGUGCUCUGGCGCUCCUGGUUGUCGGUGCUGAAGGAGCCGCUGCUGGUGAAAGUGCGACUCAUACAGACAACGAUGGUGGCCGUGCUCAUUGGGCUCAUCUUUCUGGGCCAGCAGUUGACGCAAGUGGGCGUGAUGAACAUCAAUGGCGCCAUCUUUUUGUUUCUGACCAACAUGACGUUCCAGAAUGUGUUCGCCACCAUCAAUGUCUUCACCUCGGAGCUGCCGGUGUUUAUGCGAGAGGCGCGCAGUCGACUCUAUCGCUGUGACACUUACUUUCUGGGCAAGACUAUAGCGGAGCUGCCGCUCUUCCUCACCGUGCCCUUUGUUUUUACGGCAAUCGCUUAUCCGAUGAUUGGACUGCGUGCGGGCUUUUUGCAUUUCUUCAAUUGCCUCGCUUUGGUUACACUGGUGGCCAAUGUGUCCACCUCGUUUGGCUAUUUAAUAUCCUGCGCCAGCUCGUCUACCUCCAUGGCCUUGUCGGUGGGUCCGCCGGUUAUUAUUCCAUUCUUGCUCUUUGGCGGCUUCUUUUUGAACUCGGGCUCGGUGCCCAUUUACUUGAAGUGGUUAUCGUAUUUAUCCUGGUUCCGUUACGCCAACGAGGGUCUGCUCAUCAAUCAGUGGGCGGAUGUGGAGGCUGGUGAAAUCAGCUGCACCAGCUCCAACACCACUUGCCCCAGUUCCGGCAAAGUUAUACUCGAAACGCUUAACUUUUCGGCUGCAGAUUUGCCGCUGGACUACAUAGGCCUGGCCCUGCUUAUUGUGGGUUUUCGUAGUUUUGCUUACCUGGCGCUACGACUGCGUGCCAGACGCAAGGAAUAACUAAAG